CCUUGUGCCAAUAGAUUGAAUAGCACAGUAUCAUUUCAGAUACUUGAUUAAUACUAAAAUUUCUUUCUUUUCUGAGAUAAUAUUUCUGUGCAAAAUAUAGCCAAAUUUGUUUGAGUGUACCUAAUUUUUCUGGUGUAGCUACGAAAUUUCUUGCAGCUUUACCAAAUUUCAAUGUCCUUCCAUCAUCACUUUCUUCCCCCACACAACAGUGAUACUAAUCCUUCUUUCUCUUCCUAUUAAACAGAUCAUGUUGGCGUGACCCAAAAAAAGGGGUCACAGACAAACACCUCUGGUCGCCCCUUUCUUUCCCUUCAAGGGGCCAUCCAAAACCAUGUCACUCCUUCCCACAAGUUAAUUUUAGUACUAAUAAAGUCACAACAAUAACAUCAUGAGUAAAAUGAAAGACAACAUUCCAAUAAAAGUAAAAAAAAAUGCUAAACAAGCACACUAUCGGUUCGUCAUUUGGCCAUUGAGCACUUCUAGUACACACAAUUGCAGUAGCAGGUAAAGACAAAAGUGCACAAUCAGUGUACAAAAUCAAUAGUUAAUAAGCAUGUUUUACACUAUCAAAUCCCUUAACAAAAAUACUAUGUGCCAUCACCACCACCAACUACCUUUCCAUCUUGCUGUAACUCACCACCAUAUCGUUCCACUCUUCUCCCUCAAUGCACCACUCUCAAAGAUGCAUACACCUUUCCACUCACCUCUAAAACUUGUAUAAAUCAUUCCAAACACUAAACUACAAAAACAGAAACUUCUCCUCCAUGCAAUUAUUUCCACAGUAAACCCCUUUUCCCUCUACACACCCAAAAACCAAACCAAAUAAAUUCCUCCUCGCUCCGCACACAACACAACACAAAGCAACACACACACACACACGAAUCCGUAUCACACCAACAACUAAAACAUCAAUAACACACCACCAUGUUCACAGUUCUGCUUCUCCUCUCAUUCCUUCUAAGCACCUCUUCUUCUCACAACCUAUCAUACCCUCAUUUCCAACAGCUCCACGUAAAACAAACCCUCGCACAAACCAAACUCAUUCCAAACCCAAACCCAAACCCAAACCCAAACCCAAAACAACAGUCCAACCAACAUCAAACACCCAACACUGUCACUGAUUCAUCAUCAACAAAAUGGAAACUAAAACUAGUCCACAGAGACAAAGUUCCCACCUUUAACACUUCCCACGACCACCAGACCCGAUUCAACGCCCUAAUAAAGCGCGACGCCAGAAGGGUCGCAGCCCUCCUCCGCCGCCUGGACUCCGGAAAAUCCACCUUGGACUCGGAGGCAUUUGGGUCGGAUGUGGUAUCGGGUAUGGAACAGGGAAGCGGAGAGUACUUUGUCAGAAUCGGAGUUGGAAGCCCCCCUCGGAACCAAUACGUGGUCAUAGACUCAGGCAGCGACAUUAUAUGGGUCCAAUGCGAACCCUGUACCCAAUGCUACCACCAAUCCGACCCGGUUUUCAACCCAGCCGAUUCCUCCUCCUACGCCGGCGUCUCCUGCGAGUCCACCGUGUGCAGCCACGUCGACAACGCCGGCUGCCACGAGGGACGCUGCCGCUACGAAGUCUCCUACGGAGACGGGUCCUACACAAAGGGAACACUCGCUCUUGAAACACUCACCUUCGGAAGAACCCUGAUCCGAAACGUGGCAAUCGGGUGCGGGCACCGCAACCAGGGAAUGUUCGUUGGCGCCGCUGGGCUUUUGGGCCUCGGAGGUGGGCCCAUGUCCUUCGUGGGCCAGCUCGGUGGACAAACUGGCGAGGCCUUUAGUUAUUGUUUAGUGAGCAGGGGAACCCAAUCCCCCGGAAUACUCGAAUUCGGACGCGAAGCAAUGCCCGUGGGUGCAGCGUGGGUUCCCCUAAUCCACAACGCGCGGGCCCCAAGUUUUUACUAUGUUGGGCUUUUGGGUUUGGGAGUUGGAGGCCUACGCAUACCCAUACCAGAAGAUAUUUUCAAAUUAUCCGAAAUGGGUGAUGGCGGAGUCGUUAUGGACACGGGCACCGCCGUGACGCGGCUGCCCACGGCGGCUUAUGAGGCUUUCCGGGAUGGGUUUAUAGCCCAAACCACUAACCUGCCACGGGCCUCCGGAGCGUCGAUUUUUGACACGUGUUAUGACCUGUUUGGGUUUGUAUCGGUUCGGGUUCCGACCGUUUCGUUUUACUUUUCGGGUGGACCUAUUUUGACCCUGCCAGCUAAGAACUUUUUGAUCCCAGUGGAUGAUGUGGGAACCUUUUGUUUUGCCUUUGCUCCUUCUCCUUCUGGGCUUUCCAUCAUUGGCAACAUUCAGCAAGAGGGUAUUCAGAUUUCUGUUGAUGGAGCUAAUGGGUUCGUCGGAUUCGGACCCAAUGUCUGUUAAGUAAUACUCGUGUAUAUCAACAACCAUAUGAAUUUUGCUAGUUUUAGUGUACUUCACCAUGCAUUAAUUAAUAAUAUUAAGGUGCUUGGGUUUUGAUUUUGAGAUAGAUAGAAAAAGUUGAUUUGGGUAAUGUUUUUAUGGUGUGGAGUGUGAUAGUGAGGAGGAUCCAAGAGAAGACUUUUACUGAAUUUGAAGGUGGGAAAUGAUUUAGCUUCACUACUGAUGAUGGGUGGACAUUGUUCUGACAUCUUUUUCUUUUUUUCUUUCUUUGACAUAUGUGAAAUGAAAGCUGGUAGAAGAAUUGAAUGAUGAGGGAAGAAGGGGAGCCACCACCAUUAUGGACAUGUGAAAACCAUCAAUAGGGACUCUGCUCUGCCUUUUGUUUUUGUUGGGACCUCACCUUCGACUCACUUUUCCAAAGCCAACCCAUUUCUGCUUUGCUUUUUCUCUUUUCAGGGAUCUAAGAUUAACAUUAAUCACCCUUCUCCAUUUCUUUUUAUUCCCUAAUCUGCUUCAUUAUUACCGCCAAAUUCAGCCUUACUUCUUCCCUUCACGUCAAUGCCAAGUACAUCAAUAUUUUAGCAGUGAAAAUGAUGUUUUUCUUGUCCAGUCCUUCGGCUUUGUUAAGCACUUUAUAGGCCCACCAUAAAGUAGGAACCUGUUGGUGAAAAAUGGUGAAAGCAAAGGAAUCAAUUUAUGUACCCUUUGAUUAGAGAAUGAGAUCAUAUAGGAUAUACUUUGCAUUCU